ACCCAUUUCCCCCAUCUCUUCAGCUCUCUCAAAGUUUGGAGCUUUUUUCACUUUUGCUCAUUUGGGUUCUUAGAAAUUGGGAUUUUGGAGUGACCCAUUUAGCCACACAUCACCUUUUUGUUGUUCUUCUGUGGAUUUUCCCCAAUUUUAAACCCUUGAAUGACCAUAUUCUUAACACAUUCUUCUUUAAAGCUUGCAUUUUUCUGGGUUUUGACUGAUCCCAACUACAGAGCCGCCGCCGCCAUUCUUAAUGGAACACAAGAGUUUGAUCACCGAGUUGACUCAGGGGAAGGAGAUGGCGAUUCAACUCAAAACCCACCUUCCUUCUCCUCCUCCUCUUGGUUCUUCUCCACAAGCUCUCAUUUUCUUGACGGAAAUGAUUCAGUCUUCUUUCGAGAAUGCACUUUUGCUUCUGAAUUGGAACCCUAAAGAUCCAUCCGAAGAAGAAGAAGAAGAAGAAGAAGAAGAACCCACCAAGAACAAGAGGAAAAACAGCACCAGAGAUGUGCUGCUCAAGAGGAGAAAGUUGCUGCCUAAAUGGACAGAGGAAGUUAAGGUUAGCAGUGGCACUGCUGCUGAAGGCCCACUCAAUGAUGGCUAUAGUUGGAGAAAAUACGGCCAAAAAGAUAUCCAUGGCGCUAACUUUCCAAGAUGCUAUUAUAGAUGCACUCAUCGGAAUGUACGAGGAUGUUUGGCCACAAAACAAGUUCAGAAAUCCGACAACGAUCCCAACAUUUUCGAGGUGACAUACAGAGGACGACACACAUGUAACCAAUCCGCUAAUUUGGGAUUGAUUUCAGUUUCAAAUCGGAACGAAAUCCCAGAAGAAACCCAUCAAAAUCAAAAAAACCCAAACUCUGAAAUUCUCUUCAAUUUCGGAGAACAACAGCAUUUCGGUCUAAAAACAGAGGAUUUUGACGAUGUUUUUCCGCCGUUUAGCUUCGGAUCGGAAACUGUCCAUGAAAAUGUGUUCUUAGAAUCAAUGAUGGAGACGGGUUUUGUUGCGGACGGCAACUGGUCUGCGGCGGCUGUGUCGUCGGCGACGUCGGAAACAGCCUGGGAUUUCAGCGGUUACGGCGGAGAAAUUCAGGGGGUUCAGUCGUCGGAGCAAUCGAACAUGACGGAAAUGGUUUCGGCGACAACUUCAGUGACGAAUUCGCCGAUUGGUAAUGGGGAUUGGGAUUUGUCGCUUGAUAAGGUUGAUUUUGACCAGUUUUUCCUCUUUGACUGUCUGGAUUUCAUCUCUUGAAGUUCUUCCAUUUUGUACCAAAUUUUCUUCAUUAUUAUGAUUAUUAUUAUAUUUUUCAUGAA